AUGUUUGAUCCUUCGUCGAAAUCCUUCAACACCCAUUUGAAUUUCCCGAGGACUUUCGAUGAUCACCCAGAUUCCGGCGUCUGUUCGCCUCCUCUGUGGAGAACCAGUCCACCGAAGAGUCCUCCUCACCCCCGUCACAACACCAAUUACCACAACCUCUCCCCUGUUUCCAAAGCUCAAAUCAUCGCUCGUGGUCAGCGAGAGCUUAUGGAAAUGGUUAGCAAGAUGCCCGAGUCGUGCUACGAGCUUUCGCUGAAGGAUCUCGUUGAAGUGAACACAGACGAAGAGAAAGAUGGCAAAGUGUUCGACGAAUUGCCUCAGAGGAAUAAAAAACAGAGCAAAGUCGCGAGGAAGACGAAGAGCGAUAAAUGGGUCGAUCCGAUGAUUCGAAAUGGCGGUGUGAAUGUGAACAACAGUGGGCUUUUACUGAAACUGGUGUUUCCUGUUAGCUUGAGGGCUAAGAAGAAGACGAAGAAGAGAGACGAGGAUGAUUCUUCUGUGACGAGUAAAAGCUCUUGGCUUUCUCCGAGACCUUCGAUCUCUGACUCGUCGGUGAAACCGGAUGAUAAAGAUUGGUGGAAGGAUGGGUUGUCAGAGUCACGUAGGAGGAGUCAGAGAGGUGUCUCGAGGAUCAACAGCAGAAGCAAUAGCGAUCGAAGCAGAGUCACUCUAAGGGAUGAAAACAGAGGAUGCUUAUCAUUCCUCUGGAAUGUACAUGUACGAGAUUGA